AUGAAGGGGAAAAUAAAUAAGAAGGAAAAAAAGAAACUUCGAUAUAUGACCAAAGAUAAACAGUUAACAAUUGGGGAAAUUGAAAAAAUUGAUAUAAAUAAAUAUAAUGAAAUAUCACGAUUUUCUGUUAAAAAUAAAAAUAAGAGAAAUGCUUUAAAGGGAAAAGCAUAUUUAAAAAAGUUAAUUUUAAGAAAACAAAAAAAAGAAGAUAUAAAAAAUAAAAAAUCAUUAAAUAUUCCAGUAGAAAAAAAAAUUCCAAGAAGUAUAGAACAGUUAGCAUUGUUUGACGAAAGCAAAAUUAAUAAUGAAAAUGAAAAUUUUUUAUUAAGUGAAAAAUAUAUAGAUGAAUUUAGUGAUUAUUUUAAAAAUAAUAAAGAACCAAAUAUUAUUAUAACAUCAAUAAAAAGACCAUCUAAAAAUACAAUAUUAUUUAUGAAAGAAUUAACAUUAACAUUUCCUCACAUUUUUUAUGAACCAAGAUUAGAUCACACUUUAGAUUUUUUAUAUAAAAAUGCUAUAGAAAAUAAUUUUUCUACAUUUAUAUUAAUAGAAGAAGGAAUAGAUAAACAUCCUAAACAUAUGUUUAUAUCUACUUUACCUAAUGGACCAACAUCUAAAUAUUCUUUAACAAAUAUUUUUUAUGGUUAUAAAAAAAAUACAGACAUUGAAAUAACAACAUUACCCCCCGAAGUGUAUAUAACAAAUUUUAAUACUUUUAUUGGAGAACGAAUAAAAAGACAAUUACAUACUCUUGUACCUUUUACCCCAAACUAUAAAGGUCAAAAGGUUGUAGUUUUUUAUAAUCAGAGAGAUUUUAUUUUUUUCAGGCAUUUUAAAUACAAUUUUGUGAACAAAAAGAAAUGCUCAUUAUAUGAGAUAGGACCUGGCUUUACAUUGCAACUACUUAGUCUCAAGGAUGGAUUAAUUAACGAUAAGGAAAAAAUGUAUGAAUUUAUUUUGAGGCCAGAUAUGAAAGUUAAUAGAAAGAGAAUGUAUUUGUAA